AUGACGAGUACUAACAUCACAUGUCAAAUUCUUGUGCUAGGCUCUAUCGGUAGUGGUCGAACAACAUUAAUAAAAACCAUUAUUGGUGAAAAUAUUGUACAUGAAACUAUAUCUGGAACAAAAUAUGAGCAAAUAAAAUACUUAGAUAAACAUUUAACAUUUAUUAAAAUAUCAACAUUUGAAACAAAUGAUCAUAUUUGGCAUGAAGUACAACAAUUUAUUCGCAACAAUUUACUUCCAAUUCAUGCUAUUUGA